UCAAACAAUGAUACCGCUGUGUGCGUUUUUACAAUGUUUUUAAAUCAGUUUCGACGAAUUAACAUCAAAGGAAUCACGUAUAAUAUAACCGCAACAAUGGCUACACGAACACCAGAUCCAGCAAAAGUGCAACUCCGUGAAGAAAUAGCACAGAGAAUUUCACAGCUUUCGAAAGAGGAGAAGGAUCGUCAAUCUAAUAUAGUUUACAAUAAGAUUAUCAACCACCCCUACUACAAAGCGGCAAAUCGUAUAGCAGUCUUCAUGAGCACGGAUGAUGAAGUCAACACGGCUCCUAUCAUAUCACACAUCCAGGAAAGAGGAGCAUCUGCCUUCGUGCCUCAGUACCUUCGUGGUGUGAUGAGAAUGCUGAAGGUGGAAAAUGGAGAUCAGGAUAUCAUGCCGCUAACGAGACAUGGCAUCAAACAGCACUCGAAGGACCAAAUUCGGGAGGACGCGUUGGAUUCAGGACUAGACUUAAUUAUAGCACCAGGGGUAGCUUUCACGCUUGAUGGAGGUCGCGUUGGACACGGUGCUGGUUAUUACGAUAAGUACUUAACGAAGAUACGAGCUAUGCAAGAAAUACCACCAAAGGUGAUAGCAGUUGCAUUCAACUGCCAAAUCGUGGACAAGGUGCCUAUGAAUGACCUGGAUCAGAAGAUAGACGGCGUUAUUUACGCAGAAUGAUGUUUUAUAUUAAUAAGCAUAUUAUCACUAAGAAAGAUAUUAUUUUUUACAGAUAGUGUAGACAUUAAACAUCCAUUUAAUACUUUAUAAUUAGUCUUAUAUUGUUUUUUACUAUUUACAACGCAAAGAAAGCUUAUAAUAGGUACCUAAUAUCUA